AUGACGACAGAUUGGACAGUUCACCCCGAUUCAGGACGGUACUUCCGUCCUGUUCACAACCUCUCCGGCGAGUCCGGAAUCAAAUGGGAGCGACCGGGAAGUCAAGCUACCACGACAAUGGCCUCAAUACCCGAUCGACCUUCUCGAUGGGCAGAUCUCCCAUCGAAUGCUGGAGCAGGAAGCCUUCAAGAUGCCUGGCAAUUGAUGGCGUCGAAUUCCCCCCAGGAUCACGUACGAAUUCUUCUUCAGGAUUCCCAGCACUUGCAGAAUCUCCUUUUGGGCUGCCUGUUCCACAAGACCACAGCCAUAGCUAUGGAGCGAGUCUUGAUCCGCGACCUUGGCAACCAGGCCCAUUCGACUAUCUUCCAAACGGUGUGCCAGCUGGUAUCUGGCCGACCGAACAACAGCGCCGAUUGCCGCAUACGAGGGAGCACAGUUACUCAACCCCUCCACAAACUCCUCCUCGGACUCCUUCUCGACGAAACAGUAAUACAGGAGCAAUGA